AUGCAUCCCGUGCCGUGCUACCCUCGACACCAUCACGACCUGAUGAACCUCUGCUGUCCUCUGUGUAUCCCACCUCCAGCUCAGCUGUUUGCGGACCGAGCCAUGAAGCAACUGGUAUCCACGACGCCUAUUUCAACAAUUGCAUCGCUUGCUUCUGUUCCACUGAAUUUUACCACCGUUAUGUCAUCGGCGGAAAUGCAACUAAGAAACAUCGAGUCCGCUGCCCGGUCGCACAUGAAGCAAAUAAGGUGCACCCCAACGGAGCCAGAAGGUCGGAUGGAGGAUUCCAUGAUGUCUUCCAAGACAACAAGCCUUGGAACACCUUCAUCUGUCACGGAGCAGAGACGAAUACGAUAUGGAGCGAUAGGUGUGAGCAGUUCCACGGAAGACAGUAGCAAGCGCAUGCGCACUGCGUUCACAAGCGGACAACUCCUGGAACUCGAGAGGGAGUUCCUGUCGAACAUGUACCUGUCACGACUGCGUAGAAUUGAAAUAGCCACCUACCUUCAGCUGUCGGAGAAACAGGUGAAAAUAUGGUUCCAAAACCGUCGUGUGAAAUACAAGAAAGAUAACGGUCUUUCUGAUGAUGGAGCUUCGCCUCCAGGGGACAAGUGUCGGUGUCUGCGCACGUGUAACUCGCGGCCGCAUCAGAGGAGGAGGGUUAGCGAGAGAGAUGAGCGCGGCUUGGAGGCUGAUAGCAUCACCAGUACAGAAGAGGAUGGAUUUCUCGAUGUUACCUCCGAUUCCGAGGACAAGAUCUCUGAGUCUGGUAGCAUUGUAGUGGACAAUGCAUGUGAUAUUGUUGGCAAACCUGCAACUUGA